ACCAGCUGGAGAAUAAUAACAAGGAGGCAUGGACCGUAGCGAAGAGAUGGGUGAUAGACUUUAAUAUCUCAACUAGUGAACGUGAAUGUUUGUGUUCGAUAAUCAAGGAUUAAUGUAUCUGCUAUCACGUCAUCUCCGUAGGCCUUUGAUGCCGUCGAGAAAAUUCGAAUCGUGUUCGUUAGAUUAUAAAAAAAUGGCGUCUGAGAUAGUUUAAUCAAAAACAAGCUUUAGGACAGUAUUUGCAAUUAAUUGAAUAAGCUCAUAAGUGAAUCCUGUUGAUUAUAUUUUCAAUAAAACAAGUGCUUCCUGAUCAUGAUUAUCAUCGACAACCUCUCCGGCUCUUGGUCCCCAGGCUAUGGAAAGUAUGGUCGAAGAAAACGGAUCAGCCGUUGACCCUUUAUCUCCAGAAUCCCACAGCGGUGAUUCUGCUCCAGCAAUAGCUACUUCGGUACAGUCCCUGAGUAGAUCUCAACAGCAAACUCAUCAUCUGGUAGCAUCUACCAGCAUUGUGCAACUGACGUUACCCACAUCGGGGACCACUCAGGUACAAUCUGUUAUUCAACCAAAUCACCAAUCUGUGAUCCAAAGUGCUACAAAUAUUCAACCAGUAGCUAUUUCAAAAGGCAAUGUUAUUCUUGUUAGUAAAUCUAACUCAGUCAUUCAAUCUGCUCAAGGCAAUUUGCAGACGUUACAGGUUGUUGAAACCGGUAGCGACGAAAGCUUUUCAGACGAAGAAUCUCCUAAAAAGCGACGAGAUCUUUUAACAAGACGUGCUUCUUAUCGUAAAAUUCUCAACGAUUUAAGUGCGAGUGAGAUAACAGCAGGUCAUUUGCCUCCCCUUGAAUCCUCUUUAGAGUGUGACUCUAAUGUGGACAGUGAUAUGUCUUCUCACUCACUCCAAUAUCAAACAACAGUAAUUCCGGCGGGGACUAUUCAAAUUGCGACCCAGGGGGAGGGUGUGCAAGGGCUUCAUACGCUGACAAUGAGCAAUGCAACAACAGCAGGAGGAACAAUAGUGCAGUAUGCACAGGGCCAGGAUACACAAUUCUUUGUCCCAGAUAACUCAGGUCACGGUGUUGUUGUUGAGGAUGCAGCUAAAAAACGUGAAAUGAGGUUGCAAAAGAAUAGAGAGGCAGCACGUGAGUGUCGAAGAAAGAAGAAGGAAUAUAUAAAGUGUUUGGAGAAUCGAGUAGCUGUACUAGAAAAUAGAAACCAAACGCUCAUAGACGAGCUUAAGUCAUUGAAAGAACUAUAUCAGCAAAAAACUGACUGAAACUGACAAAUUUUUUUGUCACAAUGUCAUGUAAAGCAGACCAAUGAUCAAUCAUUGAUUCUAUACAUGUGGGAAUUUUGUGUACCAGCAUGAGGGACUAACCGUCCUAAAAUUGCUACGAUGAUUUACGUAUCAUCGUUAAAAAUUUCAAACAAUUUAAAACAGUGAAAAAAAAAACAAAUUCUCUUAUAAAUAGGUGUCUGUAUCAUAUUGUAUUUAUGUAUUGAGGUAUGGUGAUUAAUGAUGGUGAUGAUAAUGAUGAUGUUGAAUUAGAGGUUAAUAACGAAUGGAAGGAUUAAGUUAAGCGAGAAGCCAAAGGUUUUUUUCGAAUGAGCAAACAAUUAUAUAAAUCGAAGAUUAUACGGUUAAAUUUAUGUCUUUUGUCUCUGAGUACAGUUUUUCAGAAGUACAUUACAAAUAUCUAAUAUAUAGAUUUAUAAAAUAUCAACAUUUUUUUACUAUCAUACGCAUGAAAUACAUUUGAUUUUUUAAAAUUAUUUUUUGAGAAUAUAAUUGGGUAAGGAAAGAAUUAUAUUAAAUAAAGUUAUAUUAUAGUUAAGAAAUAAUUUACAAAAAAAUCCAUUUUAAUGAAAUAUAUAUUAGACUUUUCCGACAUCUUUUUAUUUUUUGCCUGAUGUAUACAUCAUGCAAUAAGUAAUUUCCGUUAUAUACUAGAAAUACUGAUCUUUAUCCAUCGACUUUGAAAUAAGAAAAAACUGAUAAACAAAUGGGCGAUGGAAAAAAUUAUACAUCACCAUUGUAAAAUAUAAAUUGUAUAAUAAUAUAAGAAAAAAAAAAACAUCAGGAGUGCCUUGAAGAAUUGCAGUAUAUACAUAUAUGUUUACGUAUAGAAAUUGUCAUAUGUAAAUUUAAAUGAGUCUAAAUGAGAAUUAUAUUAGUUAUAAUCACAGUUGAGAUAUAGAAUUUGAAAAUAUUGAUGAAAAUAUUUUUAAUGGAAAUAAAAAAAAAACGUACGUGUUUAUUCGAGAAGUAAUGAAUUUGAUAGUAACGAAUAUUAAUGAUAUUCGUGCUUUUUACAUACAUAAUUAAUCAAGAAAAUUAUUAAUUAUGUUAUGGGAAAAAAUAUUUACUUACCCAUUGUGAAUAUUUGAAUGUUCUUUAGAAUCUUUAUAAAUGUGUUAUUAAAAUUUAAUAACUCCAAUAUGUAUUAAUUAAAAAAUCUAAAUUUUUUUCUGUAGCUUUUUUUUUAUUUCAAUUUAUAGGCAAAUUUUAAUAAUAAUUAUUGUUAUUAUAAACUGAAUAAUUUGAUAAUAAAUUUCUAUAUUUCAUACUUCUUAGAAAAGAUAAAAAUAUUUAAAUAUAAACAUUGUUUAUUAAAUUUAUCGUCACCCUUUACACGUACGUCUGUUGUAUCAUUGUGGUAUCGGUUGUGUUCAUUAAAAAAUGAAACAACCUUACGCAUUUUUAUUCAAUUAACGAUCAAAUCGAAUAAAAAUAAAUGUGAAGUAAAAAUGAGCAAAAUAUUAUAUGUAUGAUAUAUGUAUAUCUUGGUUGCUGCACCGAUUAUAAUUAUAUAUUAUAAAGUAUUGUAUAUAGAUAAUAUAUGUAUUUUUACAUAUCAUUGGCUUUCUUGAAGAAAUAUAGCUUGUAAAUCUAUUGAUAA